AGGUCGGCACAGACAGCAUUGGACAUGAAACUGGUGUGCGUAACUGCACCUAUCGUUCACUUCACUACAGGAAAGGAAGCUUUGGCGGAGGUGAAGAUGGAGGAGGAGGGGAGUUACCACUUACCGGUGAUCUCUUUCACUACUAAUUUUUGAGUUAGGUGGGAGUUGCUCGUCUGCACUCUGACCAGUUUCAAGAAAGAAAUAAAUUGCACCCAACGCCCUUCAUUCCCCCAAUCAAUUCACUUUCCGCUUUUCAAAACCCCCGGCCCCACCACCUCUCCGAUCACCAACCGCCGAUGACAUCCCAUUUCUUUAUUUCUUUCUAUUUCUUUACUUAUAGACAUGCAAAGAUGUUUUGAUUAGAGCCCAAGUGAACCAAGAGAGCCAUGGGACACUCCGCCGUCGUCAGUUCCGAUGGGCCAGUGAGAAAUGCUGCUGAUGAAGUGUCAAGAGUCGUCGAACAAAGUAAAGAGUUGCAGGAUUCUGCAACAUCCUUAAUUUCUCGAACAUCUGAGGAGGAAGCAUCCCUCCGACAGCGAGCUCUAGCUCUCCGUUCGAACAUCAAAAUGCUCCGAUCAUUCAUCUUUUCUUCCCUCAAGAAAGGCAAUUUAGAUCCUAAGAAUGCUGCAAAAAUGAUUGAAGAGUUAACCAGAGUUAAUUUUGCAUUAAAUGAAGGUGAUGCAGCUGCAUAUCUUCCCUGCAAAUCCCACGGACGGUUUUUGAGGAUGUUACUUGGCCCGAUAAAUGUUCGUGCUAACAGAAAGGACGUUCAACUGAAAGUGAAAGAGGAGUACAACAAUUUCAGGGAUACAACUGCGUAUCUGUUUCUUCUUUUUCCAUCAUUGCUACUGGUACUACGAACAUGGAUGUGGAACGGAUGUUUUCCUGCAUUGCCUGUGCAGCUUUACCAGGCAUGGCUACUCUUUCUCUACACAGGCUUGUCAUUCAGAGAAAAUAUACUCAGGGUUAAUGGAAGUGAUAUUCGCCCAUGGUGGAUUUACCAUCAUUAUUGUGCUAUGACUAUGGCACUCAUCAGUCUGACUUGGGAGAUAGAAAGGGAACCUGAGUGUGCCCAGAAGCAGAAAGGGAUACAAUUGUUCUUAAAAUGGGCAAUCAUGCAAGGAAUCGCAAUGCUGUUACAAAAUAAAUACCAAAGGCAGAGACUCUAUACACGUAUUGCACUGGGAAAGGCUAGAAGAAUGGAUGUUGUUUGGGGAGAAACUGCUGGAGUAGAAGGUCAAUUAUGGUUCUUGUGUCCUAUGCUCUUUGUGUUGCAGGUUUUUGAAGGUUACGUUGGUGUUUUAUUACUAAAAACUGCCAUGGUUGGUGUCAUCUCUGAAUGGCAGGUUGUAACCUGUGGAGUUCUUUUGAUCACCAUGGCUGUUGGGAACUUUGCAAACACAGUGGAGACUCUUUUAUUGAAGUCCCGAUUCAAAGCAAAAAUGAAAAAAGGUAUGGUAGGGUGGUUAUAUAUCCAUGUAUGGGUUAGACUAGACGAUGGUGGGGUUAGGUCUUGA